AUGCCUCCGCGACUCUCAUUACAGCCGCUGGCACGGCAAUGCCGGUCGUGCUUGUCUCAAUUGACAGCCAGCUUCUCGACCACGGCACCAGUCGCAGCUCUGCGGAACCUCUCCAACCCGACCUCUUCAGUCCUCUCCCUCGAUAACGAUGGCACGCCGAGGUCGCCGCGGCAGCCGCUCGACGCCACCGACCGCGUGCGGAAUCUCCUGGCGGACAGCGAGGCGCGGCGGCAGCGCAUGACGGACCGCAAGAAGUCGACGCUGGAGCGGAUGCGGGCCAAGAAGACCAGCGAGGACUACGCGCGGCAGAUGACGCGACGGUGGCGGCCUGGCGAUGUGUAUGCGCCGCACGACCUCAGCCCGCAGGAGAUGAUCAAGUGGAAGCAGCUGCAGCGGCCGAAGAAGGAUGUCCUAGACCUACUGGGCCUCAACCCGCUAGACGAGUACAAGAACUUCUCCAUCAUCUCCGAGUUUAUGACUGCGAUGGGACGGAUCAAGCAUUCGAGUGAGACGGGUCUACGGCCUGUGAACCAGAGGAAGAUGGCGAAGGCCAUCAGGCGGGCCAUUGGCUUGGGCAUACACCCCAGUGUGCAUCGCCACCCCAUGAUUCUGAUGAGCGAGGUGCAGAACAUGCCGAAGCAGAGGAUGACGGCAAAGUCGGUGGUGAACCCGGCGAGGAGCAUCAAGCUCAUGUGA